AGUAUGCGGCUCCAGAGACCCCAACAUGUGCACCAACGAGGACCGCACCUACUCCAGCACGCUUCUCACCUGGAAGGCUAUCAUCGAAGGAAUCGUGCCCGCCACUGUGUCACUUUUCAUCGGCAGUUGGAGCGACAAGUUCGACCGGCGGCCCAUCUUUCUCUGGUCCUUUGCUGGGAACACAAUCGCGUACAGUCUGUUCUCUGGGCUGUCUGCGAUUACAGAUCUAGCGCCAGAGUGGCUGCUGCUGCCGUCUAUAGUGACCACCUUCAGCGGCGGCAUGAUGAACCUCAUGGCUGUUGCCAACAUCUAUGUAGCUGACAUUAGCCCUGAGGGGCAGAAGGAGCUCAGACUAGGACUGCUGGACGUGUCGCAGUAUUUGGCUGUGAUGCUGGGGUCAGGGCUGUCCACGCCGCUGUUCCUGAGCCUCAACUACGAAGGCGUGUACCAACUGGCUGCCGGCCUCAUGGUGCUGUGUCUGCUGUACUCCAUCUUCCUGCUGCCAGAGACCACUGCGCGCUACACACCACCACAAGACGGGAGCUGCAGCUGCUGCAAGGGGAUCUUCCACCCCCAGCUGGUGCGCGACGCUCUCAAGACGUCCCUGAUGAAGCGGCCACACCACGGACGCACAGCCAUCCUAAUCGUCAUCUUCGUGGCCGUCACUAGCGUCCUUAUCUCCCAAGGAGAAGGUGUUGUCUACUACCAGUUCGUGAACGCCAAGUUCCAGUGGACGAUGGAGGACAACCUGCUGUUCAGAUUCUUCAGCAAUGGCACCACUGCUGGAGGAACCUUGGUGGGCGUCAUGGUGUUCGUGCGGUGGCUCAAGUUGGGCGACGGCUGGAUAGCCUUCAUCACUUUCUCCUGCAAGAUCUCUGCAGCCGUAAUCCACGCCAUAUCACCGGAGUCGUGGUACAUGUUUCUGGGCGGAGCUAUCGGCUGCUUCGGAGCCUUGAUCUGGGUUAUGGUAAGGGCGAUGCUGACGAGGCUGGUUGCCAAGGACGAGAUAGGCCAGGUGUUCGCGCUGGCGGUGACGCUGGAGUCGCUGUGUCCACUGGUGGGACCUCCCGCCUACAGCGCCGUCUUCAAGGCGACCAUCGAGUCCUUCCCCGGCGCCUUCCACCUGCUCUCCGCCGCCAUCAUGGCGCUCGACCUCGCGCUGCUCCUAAUUGCGAUUUUCCUGAACCGAGGUGCGAGGAAGGAGCGGCAGCAGCAGCAGAAACAGCAAGAUGAAGGCUCUCCGCUUCUCGCCUGAGCAGCUGCUCACUUCCCACCCACCCAGAGCGAGGAGUCCUGGCAACAGAUGCCUCCUGAAGCGACCUGUCCCAGAUCCUGCUUGACAGCCAGGUGUCUUCUCAGUCGGAUAGGCUGCUACUCCACAGAUCUUCAAGUCAUGCUUCAAUAGACAUGCACAUGCGUACCCUCACCGCUGCUCCAGCCAGAAGCUUGUUUAUGGAAAUACCCUUGGACUGGCACAUUUGAACGACAGCCAAAAAAGUUGAUAGUCCUUUCAUUUAUCCGCCCCAAGCAGCUUGCCCUACCUCCGUCACGAACUUCAGCAACUGUCGAUAGCGGAUUUACUCUCACUCCGCUUCCGUUCGCACGACAGUACAUGUGACGUCGUUUGCUUGUGUACUUGAAUAGUUUACGUCAUAGCAAAUGAUUUUGCCUUCACCUGUGUAAACAAAUACUUUGUAAAGUAGUAAAAUUCUCUU